AUGAACCAGCCGUGUGGUGGUGGUGGUGGUGGUGGUGGUGGUAGUGGGUUUACCAGCAUACCAUAUUGUAUCUGCGGUGUCGCCGCCUGUAAUAUUACCAAGCUUGGAAACAAGGGCACCGUUAGAGGCAAAGCCAGCGGGCAGUUGAGGGGGUCAAAACCGUUAGGGCUCCACGCAGUUGUAGGGCAACUGCCUAUCUGA